AUGGCGCUCAACAUCAAACAAUUCAUUAACUUUCCUGGCAUUGUACAAGAUCUCAAAAGUUUCAACUUCAGCGUAUAUGGACAGUGGUUUGGAUAUAUCAACAUAAUACUGUGCGUGGCCUUGGGGAUUGCCAACCUGUUUCAUGUUAGCGCGGUUAUCAUCUUUGGUAUCAUUGGCAUCGUGCAGGGGCUGGUGAUAUUGUUCAUCGAAGUACCUUUCUUGCUGCGUAUCUGUCCACUCAGUGACAACUUCAUUGAGUUUAUCAAGCGUUUUGCUACUAAUGGCAAGAGGUCGCUAUUCUACCUAUCAAUGGCCACUGUACAAUUCUGUUCCCUGGCAGUGAUGGUCACGAGCUUGUGCGUUGUGGCAGUGGGACUAACAAUCUCCUCGAUGAGUUACGCAGUUGCGUAUUUCAAACACCAGCAGUUUCAAAACACCAACAUCAUCAAAAACCCUGCCGACGACGACUUCCCACAUGAGGCGGUUGUGCGCGAGAUGUUGUGA